AUGUACAGAAGAGCAUUCGAAGCUGCUACACUCAGUUAUACACCCCGUCUCCAGGGUAUCAGCGAUUAUAUCUCCCUUCCACGGAUCAUUGUCUGUGGUGACCAGUCCUCAGGCAAAAGCUCUGUGUUGGCGACAAUAUCGGGUGUUAAGAUCUUGGUCAAAAGCAACUUGUGCACACGCUUCCCCACAGAGCUUUGUCUCCGCAAGAGGCCCCACAUUGGAGUGGGAGUAUCUAUUGUUCCCCAUCGCUCUCGUAGUCAUGUGGAACAGGACACACUUUCGCGCUUCCUUAAGGAGCUCGAUGGUUUCGAAGAACUUCCAAAACGGAUUGACGAUAUACAAGCCGCCAUGGAUAUAUUCACUUAG